GUCAGCCAUCUUUGGUCUGUUGUGAUUCUGUCGAUCCAAAUGUCUGGACAUCAAAGACCUUCAGAUAACGAUGCUUGGGCUCUGCUGGCGUUAAAAUCAGCACCAGCUAGUCCAGCAAAAGUUCAGUGGUGUCCAGAGGAGACCGGACAGGCGAUUGCCCGUCUAGAGGGCAGAGAAUUUGAGUAUAUGGUGAGGCAGAAUCGUAUCUCGAUAGGUCGUAACAGCAGCCAAGGCAAAGUGGAUGUAAACAUGGGACAUUCCAGCUUUAUUUCUCGGAAGCACAUUGAAGUUUUCUUCGAAUCCCCGAACUUCUACAUGAAGUGUCUCGGGAAGAAUGGAGUUUUCGUGGAUGGGGUCUUCCAGAGGAAACAUGCACCCCCUAUACAGCUGCCGAAAACGUGCAUGAUACGCUUUCCUAGCACAAACAUCAAAUUGACGUUCCAGUCACUCAUUGAUGAAAGCAAUCCUCCAGCACAAGAGCAGAUUUCCAAAGUGCUCAGCCUGCCUAAGCGGCCGCCCGUCACUCCGCUGAAGAUCAACAUACCAGAGCCGGACAACACUGGCAGAUUUGCCAGCCCGUUCCCAUCUCCCACAGGAACACUGAGCGCCGUUAAUUCGUGUCCCACGAGUCCACGUGGCGGAAUCAUAGGCUUGCCGCGACAGCGGAACAUCGCCAAUGACCUGCAGAUGGCAGCAGAGUACAUGGGCGCGGCGGUUACUGCGGUGACAACCGACGACAGCAAGGAGAGCCUGGCUUCGACAGAGGCUGCGCGAGAGGAGAUGAAGCCUCCGUUCUCAUAUGCACAGCUGAUCGUCCAGGCGAUCUCGUCUGCUCAUGACAAGCAGCUGACCCUCAGCGGCAUCUAUGCAUACAUCACGAAAAAUUACCCCUACUACAGGACAGCUGACAAGGGCUGGCAGAACUCGAUCAGGCACAACUUGUCGUUGAAUCGCUACUUCGUGAAGGUUCCCCGCUCCCAGGAGGAGCCUGGCAAGGGGUCGUUUUGGAGGAUCGAUCCGUCAUCGGAAGCCAAGCUUGUAGAGCAGGCGUUCAGGCGACGACGUCAGCGAGGGGUGCCCUGCUUCCGCGCUCCCUUCGGGGGACUGUCGUCUAGGUCGGCACCGGCAUCGCCAACGCAGAACAGCAACAUGAGCGGUACGUUUACGCCGGAGAGUCUGUCGCGUGAGGGCAGCCCGCUGCCGCACGCCGGCGAACAGGUCGUCGAGACGACGACGGAGGUCGCGAGACAACUGUCGAGCCCCGUCGCAGCGGUGAACGCUCCCGUCGCCGCGCUCAUACAGAGAGACAUCAAAACCAGUCAGUCGGCUCCCGGAUCCCCGUCCGGUACGUGGGUAUCUGCUGCGAAAUCUGCACAUGCUACACGGGUGACCUCACCUGCUGGCGUGAUUACAUCGACAGCUGGCGCCCUCUACAUCAAUAAAUCGCAUGUACUAGUGGCACCAGGUCAGGGAGCUGUGGGAACGAACGGCUUUCCAAUGUCGGUUGUGAGCAACGGUACCAUCGGUCCACAGCAAGUCAAAAUUGCACAGCAGCAGCAACAGCAGAUGCAAAUGCCACGGUCGCCACAGCAACAACAGCAGUACCAUGUGCAACCUACACAGACUGUAUUGCACCAGGUGGAGGUGAAAACAGAAGACUCUGAAGCAAUGCCAGUGGCAUCUGCUGAGUCGAAAGAGAGGCCGAAGCAGAACUACACGCAGUCUGUGCUGACAACGGUGAUGCACGCACCUGUCAUGCACGCCACUCCUGCCGCAGCCGUCGCACUCUCACACAGCUUGUUGUUGAACCAGCUUCAGGCUCCACAGCCAUCGUCACAGCAUUCAGUACCCCAACAGGCGGUGCAACAGGUGGCACCAGCAGCACAGAUACAUCAGACCCAGCAGGUAGCAACGCCGAUAUAUUAUCAGCAACAAGCCACCGUACAGACAGUGCAACCCGCCAUGCCGACCAGCUAUCUGUUAAAGCGCCCCCUGGCGGAAGAGUCGAUGUCAGGAAAUGGCGUCGUAGAGGGAGAAGAGAGAGCGAAGCGACAGAAAGUUGAAGAGGAUGCAGCGGGCGAUAGUUUAGCGUGAGACCCAGCCCUCACGCCAGAGAUGCAGCGGGGGAUAGCUUAGCGUGAGACCCAGCCCUCACGCCAGGGAUGCAGCGGGGGAUAGCUUAGCGUGAGACCCAGCCCUCACGCCAGGGAUGCAGCGGGUGAUAGCUUAGCGUGAGACCCAGCCCUCACGCCAGGGAUGCAGCGGGUGAUAGCUUAGCGUGAGACCCAGCCCUCACGCCAGGGAUGCCGGUCGUUACGGUGCAAGUAUUUCGGUACAGUUAAUGAUUGCGGAGUUUGCUCGUGUUAGGUAGAUUGUAUGUCAUGUUGGUUGGAGGGCGUCUGCUACACGCACACCUGGGGCGGGAAUACCUGGGAAGCUCACCCGGCGAGGUGAUAAUUGUAGGCGUGAGCGCGGGCGUAGCGUUGCCUGUGCGACGAACCGAUCAGACUGCAGCGGUAACGCAUCCUGUCUCUAACGACAGCGUCGUUCCCGCACCGAGAACACGCUCCAGUAAACUACAUACUCGCACUGCGCACUCGAUCCCGUAACGAGCAGUAAGCGUGUACGCGAAGAUGCAACAAGCAUGAGGCACGAUGGAAACAAAGCUCUUUCUGUGGAAAGUGACACAGCCAGCAGCCUGCAGGAAACUUGUUAGUAAGUUGCGUGAUUGGCAGUGUAGCGCGCCCCCGUAAGCAAGGUGAAAUUGUCGUCGUGUGACGAUAUUAGAAAAAUAAUGUUGUAAGUGGGGAUAUGCAUUGCUUUUCACACCCUGUGCUGCAUCAUAAUUAAUUCUGGGAAACUCUGUUUACCAGUGCGCUGGGUAUAGGAAUGCUGAAGGAUGCUAUGAAUGCUACAGGUGGGUGAUUGGUUGGCUAUUAUCCCAUCUCAUUAGUGAGAGGAGAUCAACUUUGAUGAGACUGUACUUCCCCACCCUUCCCUAAACAGAAUAUAUCGUAGUUGGGAGGUUUGAUCGAGUGACUUGCACGUUCUAUGCUUUUUAUCCACGUGGGUGGCAUACAGUGGGUGUCACGUGUUAAGCACAGAGGACCGUUGUUAUCUACUGUGCAGUUAGAUGUAGGUGGCAGCACAAACGUCUCUAUGCUGUCUAGUUCCAUCAAUUCCUGUGUGCUGAGCAUGUAUCAUUCGCAUGUUUGAGCGUUAUUCGUGUGUCAACACUGGCUUGGCAUGAUCACGAAUAUAUUGCGGCUGCCACUCCUUCCCCCCCCUUAAUUGCUCCUCGGACACAUGUACGAGUUGCUGUAGAAUUUUCCGGGUUACCAGCUACCAUCGAUACUAAUCGCUAACUUUGUAUAUAGGGUCAUCAGAGAGUGCGAUGAUAAUUGAGAACUUUUAUCCACUGACUAUAAUAACCACUUGAGGAUCUGUGACUGCUGUUUGUUUACUCAAACACAUCAACUAGGUGAUAUCAUUACAACCAUUAUGUCAUGAUGAGCCGAAUAUCAAGAUAUUCUAUCUCUCCGUCUGUCUGUACGGUACAGCUCUACUCAGGUUUGCUACUUGGGUCUUUAUACUUGUCAAAGCUUGCGUUUCACAAGACAGGGCCAAUUGUCUGUUAGAAGGUUGAGAUUUUCCAUGUAAGUUGCCGUUAGAGGGCACGUGCGUAGCACGGCACGUUCGUUUCAAGUCUGCGUGUACGUGUUUGUAGUGCAUCAUCGAGUUAUUCAUUCCCAAUGUCGCCACAGAUACCGCCGCCAUAGCUUUCCGUGUCGUUUUCCGAACCCGGUGAUUUUGUUUGCCAACGCAACGACGUUGGCACUUCUGUUGUAAGAAUCGAUGUUAGUAUUCUCGUGCGUGACCUGUGCUCCACUCGCCUCACGGCCUCGCGCUAGGGGUGAGUGUGUGCGUGUGUGUGCGUGCGUGCGUGGUCGCCAUGUAAAGAUGUAACUACGCGCAAAGUGUGAAAUGGGAGAGUUGCACAGUAGGUCAGUGAGAUGUUGCACACAGUGUGCUAACUAGAUAGGAUUAUAAGGAUAAGAAUUAUACCGCCAAGUGUCAUGUAACUGCCAGGCGUACCAUCAAGCACCUGUGUGUGUACUGCUAUUGCUAUUAUUACAACAACAACUACUACUACGUCUACUACUACAACCUACUAGUCUCUUACUACUAUGACUACUUACUACUAUUACUAUUACUACUACUAUUGCUACGAUUAUGUAGAUGUUGUGAUAGCUAUUAACUUGUUCUUAUUUCGUAGACAUAUUGUAGUAGUGUAAAUCCCUUGUAAACUUGCACGUCAUGCUGUGUGCAUCUUAUAGCAGGGCCUGGAGGGUGAAACAUGAAUGCAAGUGAUGUAGUAGUGGGUUGCUAAGGUAAAGCAUAGACAAACAAGUGGCACUUGCAAAGAGUGAUAACAUGUGAAUUCGAUUUCAUUGUUGGUGUGAAUUCAAAUGCGUUCAUGCGUAUAUGAUUGGAGGAUUGCUCGUGCGGAGGCGACGGCAGCACAGUGUAGUUGGAAUUUUCUAAUCUGUUGUUGCAAGAGCUUAGAAUCUGUAAAUUCUAAACAAGGCAUACUGUGUAUUUACACUGUCGCUGGUGCUGCCAUCUCUCCUCGUGUGAGAAGGUUUCUGACAACCCUUUGUUCAUGCGGGAGGCAAGCGAGUAGAGGGCAUAUUCGUGUGCAUACCUACUGUGUUGUGCGCUAAGUUAGCUCUACUGGUGGUCUGUUAUUGGCGAUAUAAGCAUGCGCAUGGAGUGAGGAGUACGCAGUAAGUGUGCCCAUGUCAGAUUGUGUUCACGCUCUGAUAUAGUGGGUAGGUGGCUCUCCCUUGUUUUGUUGGGAAUGUCAGCAGAGCAGGCAGAGUGAGCGUGCAGAUGAGAGAGCCAGAUGCGUUGUAUUAUGUCAUUGGCACACACUUGGAGGUUAUGUAGAGUAGCAGCUGAACAGAGAGACAUCCAUCUAUUGCUGCUGGUAGGUGGCGCUGCAAUGUGGCGACCAUCCAUCACUGCAGCUUGGUGGCAGUAACAUGGUGAAUGUUUGUCGCUGCAGCUAGGUGGCGCCACGACGUGAUGUGGCGAUCCCCUGUCAAUGUGGCUAGGUGGCGCUGCGACGUGGCAACACUCUUUGCUGCAGCUAGGUGGCGCCCUCAUAUUGACGGGAUUAGAUUUUAUUAGAAUAACACCUUUUCGGCUGUCGAGGCUUGGGUGCCGUAGAGGUGUCGCGUGUGCGCUUGAUCGUUAAAUUAUGUGUUAAUUCAAAUACAGUGCCCUCUUUGCAGCGUGUGGGGAACAAAGCAAACCUGACAUGCUUGUGAGCAGUAUGCUGACUAACAGUGUUGCGUAUUUCGCUUGGUACUAGGUGGCAAGUAGUGCAGAAAGAGAGAAACAGGGAAGAAUAAGAAUGCUAUGUACUGAAGCAAGGAUGAGAUGUUUUCGUGGUAAACGCAUGCUCACCUGCUCACGUGUGUCACAGAUCACCGGUUGCUGUAGUCGUUGUCGUUGCUGCUGCCACUGCUGCUGCUGCUGUUGUUGUUGUUGUUCUUACUGUUGUGUUCGCAGAGCUCCUUUAAAGGUAGUCUUAGAGCAUCACAGGUCGUAGGCUUCUACAGUGAGAGAGCUGGAAAGAGAGAGACGUAGCUAGCUAUCUAUGUGUAGGGUAAUGUUGGCAGGCUUGUUGCUUCCGCGCUGCAGGUCGCUUGGCCUUUCCUGACAUCUGUCUGUCGAACUUUUGUGACCUGUGUCGACCUUAUGCCCGUGAUUUUCUGUUUGUGGCGUUUGUUGCUUAGAGAGAGAGAGGGUGCCACAGCCUUGUGGCUGCCUGCGGUGUGUGCGAGUAACGAAGUUUGCUGUGUAAUCUUAUGUUAGGGUAAUAAUAAUGACUUUAGCUCACACAUGUAGAAAGCCGUCGAUGUAGAGGUCUCUCUCAUUUCUCUAAAACAACUUCAAGAUCAUUGACAGCGAUAGCUGCUCACAGUGGCCUCUCGCAUACAUUCAUGUGACGAGCAUGUUGAAUGCCUGCUGGUAUACAGUAGAAAGUUUAUGUGACGGAUCGAAAAUUUGUUGUCUCGUCUUGUAAUUGCGUAAGAUGUAUAUGUAGCAGCAGCCGUCACGUGUCAGAUGUUAAUGAAUGUACAGUACAGUACUAUAUCCCUGGCUGUUUUGAUUUUUUGUAAUGCAAGCGUUUAUCUAUGUAGUAAAUAAAAACGGCCGCAAGCAUUGUUGGUUUACUCAG